AUGGCCGCCUCGCCGGAGGAUUUCGUGGCUGACCCUGCCGAGCCCUUCUCCCCCUCCAUCUUCCUCAACCUGCCCCCGACGCCCCGCCCCAACGUCAAUGGCGAGGGCAAGAACCAGGCCUCCGACGACCUCGUGUUCCCCUUCAUCGAGCGCAUGCUCAUGGAGGAGGGGAUCGGCGACGAGUUCUUCUACCAGUACCCGGACCACCCCGCGCUCCAGCAAGCCCAGGAAUCGUACACGCGGGUCCUCUCCGACGCCACCGCGGAUUCGUCUUCGGACGGCAGCCCCACCGUGUCGGUGUCCUCCGGCUCCGACGCGGGAGUGGGGGCCGACGACCUCACCACGGACGCCAGCACCACGUCCGAGCAAUUUGGGUAUUCUGGCGUCCGGAGUGACACCGCCGCCGCGGAGGAGAUGGAGAAAAAGGCCAACCGCACCAUGCUUGCAGUCGUAGAUGGUGACCACGCCGCGCUGGCCUCAGCAUUCUUCAGUGCCCAGCAGGAUUGGGGAAACAAGGCCAUGUUCCUCAAGGCCAUGUCCUCCAAGGGCAGCAAGAACCGGCACAACCGGGACGAUGUCCUAGAGGCCAGUUUGUUGCAUUGGCCACCUUUGCUGGAGGCGUGGAAGGCUCGGGACGGCGGGCCGCCGGAGGUGAGGAUCACGAGCAUCGACUCGCCGCAGCCCGGGUUUCGUCCGGCUGCUCGGAUCGAGGAGACCGGGCGCCGGCUCAGUGACUUCGCUCGCCGGCGUGGCGUUCCGUUCAGGUUCCGCAGCGUCGUCGCGUCGAAGUGGGAGAUGGUUUGCGCCGACGACUUGGACAUCGAGCCUGACGAGGUGCUCAUCGUCAAUGGCCUGUUCCAUUUCGGGAAGCUGAUGGACGAGGGCGUCGACAUUGACAACACAAGCCCUAGGGAUAUGGUCCUCCGCAACAUCCAGAAGAUGCGGCCUGAUGUGUUCAUCCUCUGCGUCGAGAACAGCUCGUACAAUGCGCCGUUCUUCGUGACGCGGUUCCGGGAGGCGCUGUACUACUACUCAGCGAUGUUUGACAUCAUGGAUGCAACGACUCCACGGGACAACGAAGAACGCUUGCUGGUUGAGCAGGACAUCCUGGGGGGUUGCGUGACUUGCGUCUUGAAUGCCAUUGCCUGCGAGGGCUCGGAAAGGGUGGAGCGUCCCGAGACAUAUAAGCAAUGGCAGGUGCGAGGCCACCGUGCUGGACUGAAGCAGCUGCCCCUGAAUCCUAAUACGGUGAAGUAUUUGAGUAAGAAGGUGAAGGAUGGCUACCACAAGGACUUUGUGGUUGAUGUGGACCCGCAGUGGCUUCUGCAAGGGUGGAAGGAACGUAUACUCUAUGCCAUGUCGACAUGGGUUGCAGAUGAUAGCUGUCCCAGAGCUAAUGUCUUGUGA